AUGGCGAGAAUAUACAUCGCGUUCAUUGAGAUGGACGACGCCCGAGAUGCGGAUGACGCAGUCCGGGCGCUGGAUGGCUUUAAAGGCUGGCGGGUGGAGAUUUCUCGCAACCGCGGCCCGCCGCCCGGACGCGGCGGGUUCCGCGGAGGCCCGCCAGUGGACCGCUUUGAUGACUUUCGCCGCAGCCCGCCGCGCCGCCGGUCGCCUAGCCCUUACCGCCGGCCCAAGCCCCGUACUACGGCGCUCGCUGAGCCCCAUCCGCCGGCGGUCCCCGAGCCCGAUCCGCCGUCGCAGCCCAAGUCCGCCGCGCCGGUCUUCCCCGCGCCGGGACAGCCCGCCCUUAGAUCUUCGUCCUCGUAG